UGUGCUAGCCAACUAUUUCCCUUCGCGCAGUCCAAAUUAGCAGCGCCGAAACUGGAGAGAGAGGGAGAGACUGUAGAGUCAUGGCAGAGUGAAGCCCAUGUCUCUGCUUCCUCCACAUUCCAUCCACCGGCCCUGAUUCUCUCUCAACAGAUUUGUUCGAGCAUUCAAGAAAUUAAAGUCUCGAAUGGGUUUACUAUCCGUUGAUUGGGAAUACGAAUCAUUUCCGGAGUAUGAAGAUCUCGUAUUUCUUCCUCUCUUUGCUCUGUUCUUUCCAAUGGUUCGAUUUUUUCUCGACAGAUAUCUAUUUGAGAAAUUGGGAAGACAGCUCAUAUUUGGAAAAGGACAGCAGAAGCAGGAUGUUAUGGAUGAUGAGAGGAGAAAGAAGAUAAAAAAAUUCAAGGAAUCAGCAUGGAAAUGUGUUUAUUUUCUUUCGGCGGAGCUUCUAGCACUUUCUGUGACUUGCAAUGAGCCCUGGUUCACUAACACAAGAUAUUUUUGGGUGGGGCCUGGAAACCAGGCCUGGCCUAAUCAGAAAAUUAAGUUAAAAUUGAAAGGACUUUAUAUGUAUGCUGCUGGAUUCUACACAUACUCCAUAUUUGCUCUUAUCUUUUGGGAGACAAGGCGUUCUGAUUUUGGAGUGUCAAUGGGGCAUCAUAUCGCAACUGUCAUUCUCAUUGGGCUGUCUUACAUAUUCAGGUUUGCCCGUGUUGGUUCGGUUGUUUUAGCUCUUCAUGAUGCUAGUGAUGUAUUUUUGGAAAUAGGGAAAAUGUCCAAAUACAGUGGCGCUGAAACUGUCACUAGUAUUUCGUUUCUUCUCUUUGCUUUGUCUUGGAUUGUACUUCGUCUCAUUAUAUUUCCAGGUUGGAUCCUUUGGAGUACAAGGUGA